CUGGAGGAGGGGCAGGCACGCCCAGGCCCAGCAGCGAAUUGGCCAGUAGCGUUAGGGGCAGGCACCCGCACGAGCGCACCUUCCACCACUCCACCACCAGCUCGACCUCACCUCCUCCUCCUCGCUGUGAUCUCAUUCUGCAUCCCUUUUCCUCAACUCUCCUCCUCCUCACUCUCUCCUCCCUCUCCCUCUCUCUCUCUGGCAGGACCUGAGGCUCCAACAUCGACGACGGCGCCCUCUCUCCCGCUUCCCUCCCACCGCUUCCAACCAUGGGGGCCAAACCCAUCGCCGGAGCAGAGCUCCAGAGCGACGUCAAAUACGUGCCCACCCCUCCCGCCCAGCCCUCAAAAUUCGAUCUCGGCGAGGAUGUCGGCGUCCCGCUGACCAACUCCCCCACCAUCAACAACCCGCCCCUCCCCGCCGACGGCCCUGGCUAUGAGGGCUUCUCCAACUACCUGCUCGGCGCCCUCCUCGUCGGUGUGCCCUGGUACCUCGCCCGCAAGGUCGGCGGCGGCUUCAAGACGACCGUCUUCUUUGGCCUCAUCACCUUCUUCCCCAUCCUCAUCGCCGUCUGGUUCGUCUCGUCCGCCUACAGCCCCCGCAUGAACGAAAAGGUCAAGCUGCCCGGCCGCCCCGUCGAGCACUACCUCACCUUCAAGAAGCAAGAGGACAAGCUCAAGUACUCGGGCCGCAACAAGAUCUCCAUGGCCGCCCUCGCCGAGAUGUACAUUGACGGCGCCGUCGACUUCAACGGCGAUGUCCUCGACAUCCUCGAGUACCGCCACGACUGGGCCCACUUCGGCUUCACCUGGGACCUCUUCAAGUUCAUCAUCAUGGGCUUCUUCCGCGACAUUGUCAUGCACACAAAGGCCCACGACGAGUCCCAGAUCAAGCCCACCUACGACACCGGCAACGAGCACUACGCCUUCUUCCUCGGCCCCCGCAUGAUCUACACCUCGGGCGUCAUCUCCGACACCACCCGCGAGGAGUCCCUCGAGGAGCUCCAGGACAACAAGAUGUCGGUCGUCUGCGAGAAGAUUGAGCUCAAGGAGGGCGAGACCAUGCUCGACAUUGGCUGUGGCUGGGGCACCCUCGCCCGCUUCGCCAGCGUCAACUACGGCGCCAAGGUCACCGGUGUCACCAUUGCCGAGAACCAGGUCCUCUGGGGUAACGACCGCCUCCGCAACGCCGGCAUCCCCGAGUCUCAGUCCAAGAUCCUCUGCAUGGACUACCGCGACAUCGAGAACAAGAAGUACAACAAGAUCACCCAGCUCGAGAUGGGUGAGCACGUCGGCAUCUUCAAGCUCACCACCUUCUUCCGCCAGUGCUACGACAUGCUCGAGGACGACGGCAUCAUGUACGUCCAGCUCUCUGGUCUCCGCCAGGCUUGGCAGUACGACGACUUCAUCUGGGGCCUCUACCUCAACAAGUACAUCUUCCCCGGUGCCGACGCCUCCACGCCGCUCUGGAACUACAUCCGCUCUCUCGAGAUGGCCGGCUUCGAGUGCAAGAGCGUCGACACCGUCGGCGUCCACUACUCGGGCACCCUCUGGAGAUGGUACCGCAACUGGCUCGGCAACCAGGAGACCGUCGAGGCCAAGUUUGGCGUCAGAUGGUACAGAGUGAGUUUUAUCUUUUCCUUUUUCCUUUACCCAGUCGACUAGCCCAACCUAACAAAAUCUUCAGAUCUGGGAGCUCUUCCUCGCCUG